AAUAAUACUAUGGAGUUUCCACAUUUGGGUCAACAUUGUUCAGAAAAAUCGUGUAACAGACUGGACUUUUUGCCAAUGAAAUGUGACGCUUGCAAAGAGGUAUUUUGCUCGUCGCACUUCAAUUACGACCAUCAUAAUUGCAAACACGGAAGAAAAGAUCACCAAGUGCCUUUGUGUCCCUUAUGUGGAGAACCUGUACCCACAGCACCUGGUGUCGAACCGGAUCUAACUGUAGGCCAACAUAUCGAUCAACAAUGUAAAUCAGAUUCUCGAAAGAUUUUCACCAACCGAUGUUCAUACAAGUCAUGCAAACGAAAAGAACUAAUACCAGUGAAUUGUUCACAGUGCAAAAGAAACUUUUGUUUACGCCAUCGUCAUACAGCAGACCAUGAAUGCGAAGCUGGAAAGGCUGGAACUAGCAGUAACGAACCAAAGACACUGGCAGGUAAAGCUGCUGAAUUACGUAGAACCCAAAAACCACCAAACACACUAUUUGAUGUCGCCCCAAAACCUACCACUGCUGCUGUAAGGGAAACCGCUGCUCAAAGAUUAACUCAAAACAUACAGGGAAAUAUGUCUGAAGAUGAAGCUCUGGCCCGUGCUAUAGCCUUAUCGAUUAUGGAAUUGGAUGAAAGUAAUGAUCGAAAUCGACGUAAUGAGGCUGCAGCCAAUAGUACCCAAAGACGAAACAAUGCAACUGUACCAGUGGGUGGACGCGAUACCCAACAAGGAAAUGGAAAAGACAAGUGUUCACUGUCAUAG